AUGGUAGCGGCGAUGCGGCGGCGGGCGAUCCGAGCGGCGGGCGCGAGCGCGAAGAGGAGGAAAUGGCGUGAACGAACGAAUGGAAUGAAAUGGGGCAAUUUUCACCAGUGUGUGGAGCUCAUCCGGUCUUGCAAGACAAAGCCACAGAUCAAGUUUGCCCAAUCUAAAAUUUUCCAAAUUGUUGGCAAAUCCCACAACCACAGCAGCACUUACCUCUCCAACCUCCUCAUUGAAGCUUAUGGCAAAUGCGGUAGCAUCGAAGAUGCGAUUUCUCUCUUUGAUUCCAUUGCGAACAAGGAUGAGUUCUCCUGGGUGAUGAUGCUCUCGGCAUAUGCCCAAAACGGGCAUAUCCACGAGGCCCGCGGCAUAUUCGACGCCAUGCCCACCAAGAACAUCGUCGCGUGGAAUUCCAUCCUGGCCGCAUAUGCCCACCAGGGAUCCCUCGGCGAUGCUUGGAAUAUUUUCGACGCAAUGCCCGAGAGGAACUUGAUGACGUGGACGUCGGUGCUGACCAUGUAUGCCCGGAGAGGGCAUAUCCCACUCGCCGAGGGGAUAUUCUCCCAGAUGCCCGAGAAGGACCUUGUUUCGUGGAACGCGAUGAUCUCGGCAUAUGCCCACUCUGGGCAUAUUCUCCAGGCCAGGAGAACGUUUGAAGAGAUGCCUCUUAGAGAUCUCACCUCUUGGGGGUGUCUCAUCUCUGCCCUAGCGAGGGAUUGCGUCGCGGAUCUAGAGACUCUCUGGAUCUACCAGAUGCCCGAGUGGGAUUCUAUCUCCUGGAAUGGAUUUCUCUCGGCGAUUGCUCACUGUGAUCGCCUGGAAAACGCGAAGAGGGUGUUUGAUUCCAUGCCCCAGCGAGACAUUGUCUCGUGGAACGCGCUCCUCGCGGCGUAUGCUUCCAGGGGCGAUUUGAUGGAAACGAUGAGGAUCUUCCAGAAAUUCAUGCCCGAGCACAACAUUGCGUCUGAGAACACGAUCAUGUCAGCGCUAGGCGCCGCAGGGGACGUAGAAAACGCCGAGAGGAUCUUUCGCGAAUCGAUGCAAAGGCACGAUCGCGUCUCGUGGAAUGCGAUGCUAGCGGCGUAUGCCAAGAGCGGGGAUUUUGAUCGAGCAAAAGGGUUCUUCAAUCGAAUGCCGGAGAAGGACGUGAUUUCCUUCACGGCGAUGAUCGAUGCUUUCGCUAGCAACAAUCAAAUCGAAGAAGCCACAAAGCUCUUCGAUUCGAUGCCCGAGAGGGGACUUGGAACUUGGAACGCGAUGCUCUCAAGCUAUGCCGAGAAAGGGAAUCUGGAAGAAACAAGAAGCAUCUUCGAUGCCAUGCGUGAGAAGGAUUCCAUUUCCUGGAACACCAUUCUAAUGGCAUAUUCCAUGAAAGGUCACAUUGAGGAAGUAGAAGGCUUGUUCUUCUCAAUGCCCUUUCCAGACCUGAUCUCGAGAACAAUCCUCUUCACAGCAUAUGCCCAGGUUGGGCAUUUAGGACGAGCGAAAUUUCUCUUCGAUUGGUUGCCCUGGCGAGAUCUCGCGUCCUGGAACGCGAUGCUAGCGGCGAUCUCGCGGAAUGGCCGUCUCGAUGACACUGAUCGAUUCUUCUCUAAAUUGCCGCAGUGGGAUCAAACCUCCUGGGAUGUUCUAGUCGCGGCAUUUGCCUACAAUGGGCAAGAAGAACAUGCCCGGCUAGUCUUCACCAAAAUGGCGGUGGAGGGAAUCGAACCACGAGAGCCGGCGUUCGUUUGCCUUCUCGUCGGCCACACCCACAGCGGCGACCUAGAUUCGGGCAUCUCUCUCUUUCGCUCCAUGGCAGUGGAUUUCCACGCGGCGCCCAGCAAGCAGGCAUUCAACGCGAUGGUGGGUUUGCUGGGAAGAUCCGGGCGCCUGGACGACGCUCGCGAGCUCUUGAUCGCCAUGCCAUUCAAUCCGGGCGCGCCGGACUGGAAAUCACUGCUGGGCGCUUGCACGAGCAUAAAUAAUCUCCAGCGCGGGGCUCAAGCCGCGGAGAAUGUAGCGCGAUUGGAUCCGGCAGCGCCGGCGCCCUAUCUCUUGAUCGCGAAUAUGUGCUCGCGGCAUCGAUGA